GUGGGCGACAGGCUCCAGAGUGCGGCAGCGCCACCGGGGUGGGACCAGGUAAUGGAAUCCAGCUCCCCGACGAAAGGCCGUCAGCUUUCAGAGACUACGAGGAGAGGCCUGUGUCGCUGCUGCCGUCGCAGACACUGCUGCUUCUGCUGGUGUUGCGGCAGUUGCUGCACAUGGAACCGGUUGGCAAGGAAGAGACGGCGAGACGGCGUGGGAUGUAAAGUGUCCAGCAUCUCCAACCUGGAAAGCUCUUUAAACCUGGAGGAGAGGCUCACAGUGGAAGAAGCUGCCUCUUGGCAAUGGUCUUUCGACUCCAUAUUGACCAGUCCGGCUGGCCGGCGCAUCUUCAUGGAGUUCCUGCAGACUGAACACAGUGAAGAGAACAUGUCCUUCUGGCUCGCCUGCGAGGACCUCAAAUUGGAGCAGAGCCCAGAGCAGAUCUCAGAGAAAGCAAAGAAGAUCUACCUGGAUUACAUCUCCAUCCUCUCCCCAAAAGAGGUCAGCAUUGAUGCUGCCGUACGCGAGAGCAUCAACAACUCCCUGCCGUCACCCGGCGCUCAUAUGUUUGAUGAGGCGCAAGUGCAAGUUUAUGCUCUCAUGCACCGGGAUUCCUACCCUAGGUUCCUGAAGUCCCCUCUCUACAAAUCGCUGGAGCAGAGACUGACUAUGCCAGUUGCUGACACCUAACCCAAACACAGGGACCCCGGGUUCAGUUCUCAAGAUACCAAGUCUUCACACUGCCUACUGCUUGGUGACAAAAGGUCUUUGGAGGGUUGAGGUGUACAGAACAAUCUGUGCGAUGUGAGCCUAUUCCUCCAUCUGAUGAGUUGUCCCGUACAGCCGUGUACCAUUCCAUCACUGGCAUUUACGUACAGCAAAUUCAAGGACAUAUUCUAGAUCAAGGGAUGAGAUCACUGCUUUCCAAGGCAUGGAGCCCAACCAGGAUGUUCUAGAGCGCAGGUUUACUAGGAGCUGUUUGGUUCUAGAGACCACACUAGAGCUUUACGGGAUCUAGACAACAACACCUCUUAGUGCUGGAGGAUUCGAUAGGAAUUGUCUCCUAUGGGUAUGCAGGAUUCAAGAAUGUGGAACCAGCCUCUGAUGGAGGAGGGAUUUGUGGAAUAGGGCUUUCUAGCAUUCCCAUAUUGUGGUAGUUUUGUGACGGAAGAGGUCUGAGCUCUAGGACGAUGCCAAAUGAAAACAAAAACCUUCACAGACAUUUCCGAGUCAAAGUAGCCCUGUCCUCUCCUUACCACUAGACGUUCUCAUUGUUCAGCACUUUGGCUAGCAGAAAUGGCAUUGCCAUUCUCAGUCGCAACUGCAUGUCAGAACUAGACAAGUUAAAGAUAAGCAUGGAGGCCCUAAUAAGAGUUACAAGCAAACAGCUACAGGGGGGGGCAGGAGCUGCCUUUCCCUGCUUCAAAUAACCUACCCAGCCCCCAACUACAGACCCCCCUUUUUU